GAGCAGGAUCUGAGAUGCCAGGACGGUGAUAGCCAUGCGGGUCACGUGGUCGGAUGUCACCCCCUUCUUCAUCUUCGUCAUCAUCCUCGCCCGUCAUGGACUGGUCCGGUCCGAGCUGCAGGAAGAACCCCUCUCUCAGGAUCCGGGCGGGAAAGACGGAACCAGUGAAGAGGCCACGCCCCCCAGCUCCAAACAUGACGACAACUCGGCCUACACAGGAACCCGCCUGCGGCAGGAGGACUCGCCCCCCCGGAUCGUGGAGCACCCCUCCGACCUCAUCGUGCCGAAGGGGGAGCCCGCCACCCUCAACUGCAAGGCGGAGGGCCGGCCGGCGCCCACGGUGGAGUGGUACAAGGACGGGCAGCGGGUGGAGACGGACCGGGACAACGCUCGCUCGCACCGCAUGCUGCUGCCCAGCGGGUCGCUCUUCUUCCUGCGCAUCUUCCACGGCCGGCGGAGCCGACCCGACGAGGGCGUCUACGUCUGCGUCGCCCGCAACUACCUGGGCGAGGCCGCCAGCCGCAACGCCUCGCUGGAGGUGGCCAUGCUGCGGGAUGAUUUUCGGCAGAACCCCUCAGACGUGGUGGCGGUGGCGGGGGAGCCGGUGGUGUUUGAGUGCCAGCCCCCGCGGGGUCACCCCGAGCCCCGCAUCUCCUGGACCCGCGACGGGCAGCGUGUGGACGACGGCGACGAGCGCGUCACGAUCCGGGGUGAGAAGCUGAUGAUCACGUACAUCCAGAAGAGCGAUGCGGGGAAGUACGUGUGCGUCGGGACCAACAUGGUGGGCCGGCGGGAGAGCGAGGCUGCGGAGCUCACCGUCGUGGAGCGGCCCUCCUUCACCAGGAGACCCAGCGACCUGAUGACGCUGGUGGGCGAGGACGCAGAGUUUCACUGCCAGACGAAGGGCGACCCCGACCCCAACCUGCACUGGAGGAAGGAGGAGGGAGACCUGCCCACCGGGAGGUAUGAGAUCGGUGAGGACCACACCCUGUACCUGCGCUCUGUGAGGCUGGCAGACGUGGGCUCCUACAGCUGUGUGGCUGAGAACAUGGUGGGCAAGACUACAGCCUCUGCCAUGCUCACUGUGCUGGUUGUCUCUGAGGCCCCCACUUUCACAGUCCGGCCCCGGAACCAGGUGGUGGCGCUGUGGAGCACUGUCACCUUUCCCUGCGAGGCCAAGGGCAACCCCCAACCCGCCAUCUUCUGGCAGAAAGAGGGCACCCAGACCCUUCUGUUCUCCUCUGAGCGCCCGAAGCCGCCCAACCACUACUCCGUGUCGCCGACGGGCGACCUCACCAUCAUGGCCGCCCAGCGCGCCGACAGCGGCUACUACAGCUGUCAGGCCCUCAACAUCGCCGGCAGUGUCAUCACCAAGGUCCUGCUGGAGGUCUCUGACGAGUUUGGAGUGGUGGUCCAGCCGGUCCGGCCCACAGACCCUAACCUGAUCCCCAGUGCCCCGUCCCAGCCCGAGGUCACAGAGGUCAGCCGCUCGUCCGUCACCCUGAGCUGGAGGCCCAACCCCACCGCCGGGGCCACGCCCACCUCUUACGUCAUCGAGGCCUUCAGUCACGCUUCGGGCAGCAGGUGGCAGACGGUGGCGGAGCAGGUGAAGUCGGAGACGUUUGUCCUGCAGGGGCUGCAGCCCAGCGCUGUGUACCUGUUCCUGGUCCGGGCCGCCAACGCCUACGGCCUGAGCGAGCCUAGCCCAAUCAGCGAGGCCGUCCAGACCCAGGACACUCCUCCCACCAGUCAUGGCGUUGACCACCGGCAGAUCCAGAGAGAGCUGGGGGACGUGCUCAUCCACCUCCACAAGCCCACAAUCCUCUCCUCCUCCUCUGUGCAGGUGCAGUGGACGGUGGAGAGGCAGUCGCAGUACAUCCAGGGCUACAGGGUGCUGUACCGGGCGGCCGCGGAGGGACCCGGGCCCGGGGGCCAGUGGGCCGGCCUGGAGGUGCCCUCCCCGGGGGAGAACCGCGCCGUCCUGCAGCAGCUGAAGAAGGGCGUGCUCUACGAGGUCAAGGUGCGCCCCUUCUUCAACGAGUUCCAGGGGUCCGACAGCGAGCUCCGCACCGCCCGGACCCUGGAGGAAGCUCCCAGCGCGGCUCCGCGUAACGUUACCGUGACGAAGAGCAGCGGCAACGGGACGGCGAUCGUGGUUGCCUGGCAACCUCCUCAGCUGGACGGACACAACGGCGUAGUGCAGGAGUACAAGGUCUGGUGCCUUGGAAACGAGAGCCGUUACCAUGUCAACCGAACGGUGGACGCCUCCACCUUCUGGGUUCUGAUCCCCAGCCUGUUUCCCGGGAUACGCUACAGCGUGACGGUCGCCGCGAGCAACGCCGCCGGCCUGGGGAUCAAGAGCAACGUCACCUUCUUCCAGCUGGACAUGGCGGGCCGGGUCCUGGGGGGCAGAGCGGGGGUGGAGGACACCCUGUCCCAGCAGAUCUCGGACGUGGUGAAGCAGCCGGCCUUCAUCGCGGGUCUGGGCGCCACCUGCUGGCUGGUGCUGAUGGUGUUCAGCGUCUGGCUCUACCGCCAUCGCAAGAAGAGGAGUGGUCUGAGCAGCAGCUACGCGGGAAUCCGCAAGGUUCCAUCCUUUACCUUCACUCCAACAGUGGCCUAUCAGCAUGGGGGAGAUUCUGUCAGCAGUGCGGGAAGGCCUGGGCUGCUGAACAUGGGGGACCCGCCUCCCCAGCCCUGGCUGCCAGACCCCUGGCCCAAUGCCUGCUCCAGUCACAAGGACUGCAGCAUCAACUGCUGCAACGGGGGCAACGGGACCAGCGACAGCAACCUCACCACCUACAGCCGCCCAGCCGACUGCAUCGCCAGCUACAGCGGGCCCCUGGAGGGGGUGCCGGGGGCCCUGCUGGGGCCCGAGUCGGGCGUGUACAGCGACCUGGACGUCUGCAGCAAGGGCAGCGAGAUGAAGACCUUCAGCGCCCCGGGCGUGUGCUACGUGGCCACGGCCGGCGAGCCCACGCCCUACGCCACCACUCAGCUCAUCCAAUCAAACAUCACGAAGAGCGCGGGGGGCGGGGCCGGGGGCGGGGCCUGGAGGCCGCUGCAGCUCAAGCCACAGGAAGUGACGUCGCAGCUGCAGUACAGCGUCGUGGAGCAGAACAGGCUGAAUAGAGAUCAGUACAGAGGCGGAGAGGGGAGCCUCCAGGCCACCAUCCCCUACAGCCCGGUCCCAGAGCACAGCAGCACCGGGUCCUACCACAGCUCCGACCGGGCCAGCACCAGCACCUCCGGGAGUCAGGGUCCCAAGAAAGGAGUCAGAAAUCUCAAAGCGCCCAAACCAGGGGGGGCCAUGAACCUGGCUGACCUCCUACCCCCUCCCCCCGCCAACCCCCCUCCCUGCCAGAGUCAUGGGGAGUACGUGCUGUCGGAGGAGAACGGCUUCGACCCGGACUCACCCUGCCCCACCCUCCCGGUGCGGGGGUACCUGCAGCCAGCCGAGAUGGAGGAGGAGGAAGAGGAGGAGGAGGAAGAGGAGGCGGCCGACAGGUGUCCCACCCCACCUGUCCGAGGGACGGCCUCGUCACCCGCGGGCGUGUCCUACGGCCACCAAUCAACCGCCACGCUGACACCCUCCCCCCUGGAAGAGCCAAUCACGCGCGACGGACACAUGGACCACAGGAGGCACAUGGCGUGCCCCACGGCCCCCCCUGGGUCCGCCUCCCCUCCCCACAGCUACGGCUACAUCUGCAGCCCGCGGGGGCGGGGCCCGGAGGAGGAGGCGGAGACUGACGUGGAGGAGGCGGAGACUGACGCGGAGGAGGCGGGGCCGGGGGCGGGGCCAGACGACGGGCGCGGGCAGCUGAGGGACCGCCUGCGUGCUCUGGGCCAGACCCCGGCCUCCAGCGUGGGGGACCUGGAGAGCUCCGUCACCGGCUCCAUGAUCAACGGCUGGGGCUCCGCCUCGGAGGGGGGCUCCUCCUCCCGCCGCUCCAGCGGCGACUCGUCCUCCGGCGGCUCCUUCUUCACCGACGCCGACUUCACCCGCUACCCGCCCGCGGCCCCGCCCGACCCCCCCGGGCCCCCCGGGCCCCCCGGCCCCGGAGGCCGGAAGUACCACAUGUCCCCUCCGGGCCACCGUCCCAGCAGCCCCGUCUCCACAGACAGCAACAUGAGCACCGCUGUGUUGCAGAGACGCCCCCCAAAAAAACACAAACGACACUCCCCCGGAGACCAGGGUCCCCGCGGUCACCAUGGCUACCAGCAGCGCGCGGGCCAUAUGUCCUGA